AUGCGAUUUUUGCAGACAAUACAGUCAAAUGCACAUCACGUGCUUGUUUAUGAGCGACCCGAACUUCAACAAAAAGCUCGGGACCUGUUGCCUGUAUCAGAACUGCAAGCAAGAGCUCAAGAAAAACUGCUGCAAGUGAAAAGUCUUGACUCUGAGUCCACCAUCAAUGAAGACGAUUUCCUCAUGUUAGAAUUAUUACGCUGGUUUAAAGAAGACUUCUUCCAGUGGGUGAACAGCCUGCCCUGUAGCCAAUGUAAUGGACAGACUGAGACUAAAGAGUCACUCGUCCCAUCAACAGACGAUCUUCGAUGGGGGGCAACAAGGGUGGAAAAUCAUUACUGUAACAAGUGUAAUCACAUCAACAGGUUUCCUAGAUAUAAUAACCCAGAGAAGCUCUUGGAGACCAGGCAGGGUCGCUGUGGAGAGUGGGCCAACUGCUUUACUCUGUGCUGCAGGGCAAUGGGGCUAGAAGCGAGAUAUGUAUGGGAUAGUACAGAUCAUGUCUGGACUGAGGUGUUCUCUUCAUCUCAAAACAGAUGGCUCCAUUGUGACCCAUGUGAAAAUGCUUGUGACAAGCCUCUCUUAUAUGAGGUUGGAUGGGGAAAGAAGCUGUCCUACAUCAUUGCAUUCUCCAAAGAUGAGGUGGUUGAUGUUACUUGGAGGUAUUCGUGUAAACAUGAAGAAGUCAUCUUGCGGAGGAAAGAGCUUCGAGAAAAUUGGUUACGGGAAACAAUUUCUGCUCUAAACAAGACGAGGCAGCAGGCCCUACCAGAACACAGGAAGAAAGAACUCCUCGAGAGACUGAUAGUGGAGAUUGUAGAGUUUAUGUCUCCGAAGACACCAAAACCUGGAGAGCUUGGUGGCAGAAUAUCAGGAUCUAUUGCCUGGAGGGUGGGACGAGGAGAAGUUGGUGUGCAGGUCAAGAACGUGGCAUUUGUUCCCACUGAAAAAGAAAAGGCUGCUAAACGUUUUCAUCUGCAGUACAACAUUGUGGAUGAUCAGUACAUACGAGUCUCAAAUGGGAAUGAAGUGAUUGUUGGCUGGGAAAAUGGAGCCUGGAUAAAUGAGUCCAUGUACAGAAAAGUAGAAAAUGACUGGAAAAUGGUAUAUUUAGCUCGCAGGGAAGGUACUCCAUCAGCCAAAAUUGGUUGGAAGGUUGAGUGUGCAUCAUCUGGACUAAGAGUGGAGAGUAUAAGUGUCCGGACUAGCAGCCAGACUUUCCAUAGUGGUACAAUAAACUGGAAGCUGUAUUCUACAGAAACACACGUGGAUGUUAAUCCUGAUAAAAACCUCUAUUCUUACCCAGAGUUUUUAAAUGCAUCAGAAGUUGUGUUGGAAGCUGAAUUAUAUGGCGGAGAGGGAAAUGGUGCAUGGCAACAUACACAGCUUUUUCGGGAGAGCCUGACUGACAAAGAAAAGACAAUGGAAAUUAUUGUGACUUUUAAAGACAUCUAG